GUUUCGAUUCUGCAAUUUUAUUUUGUUCAACUCAUGCUGCUAAGCCUCUCUUCGUAAGCCUUGUUCUCUAUCCCCUCUUGAAGCCUCCCUUUCUUCCUCUUCUUCUUUUGAACUCGAACAACAACUUCGUAGGCUAAGCAUGUCGUGAUAUUCCCAACUUGGACGAAUAAGGGGAUGGUGUUAGUUGGUCCCAGUCCCACAGAUCAGAUAAGCCACUCGAUGCAGCGGAUGCACAACGCCACUGUCUUAGAUGAGGUCACUCUGAAAAUAUGCUUGAUCAAGAUCUCACGUGCUCUGCUUGAUGCCGACGUUCCUAGAGUGCUCGUGGAUAAUAUGGAGAGAAAUAUCCAGAAAUUUAUCAACGACGACCUUCCUCAUGGAUGCAGCAAAGCCGGAAAAACCAUUCAGCGAGCUGCCUUCAGUGAGAUAUGCAAGAUGUUAGAUCCUGGAAAAUCUGGACUUGUCCUGCACACGAGUGUAGUUAUGUUUAUCGGAUUACAUGGUUCUGAAAAAGAAGCCGUGUGUGUCAAUUAUGUUCGUUACCACCGACAAAAGAGCUUCAACCCAGCUUUAGUUUCUGCUGACACUUUCACCCCCGGUGCAUUGGAUCGACUCAAGAACUUGGAUGCCCAACAUGGACACUCCCGGUUUACGGAAGCUACAUGGAGUUAGACCCUACGAAGGUUGCGAGCGAAGGAAUUGAAAUGUUCAGAAGGGGGAAUCGUAAUCUCAUAAUUGUAGACACCAAUAGCCGCCACAAACACUAUACUUCAUUGUUUGAAGAAAUGAGCCAAAUUGCCAAAACAAUGGUUGUGUUUUUUUUAUUUAUGCUUGGUAGUUUCUUAGAUUUUUGUUUUUGUUUGUUUGGUAUGGUGUGCUAACAAAACGUGUGGGCCUUUUUCCAUCUUAACAGAAACCAGACCUUGUUAUAUUGGUCAUUGAUAGUCGUAUUGGUCAAGCUGCAUCUGUUCAAGCUCAAGCAUUCAAGCAAAGUUUUCAGGCUGGAGCUGUCAUUCUCACUCAUUUAAUAGGCAACACAAAGGCCUGUGGUGCUCUCAGCUCGUUAGUUUUCCAAUAAUGAAGCUUCAGACCUUAUUUUACAUUUUUCUAAUUUUGAUAACAAAAAAAAAAAUUCUUGUCACAGAUUUGAAUCUGACAACUAGAUGUUAAUUGUUUUUUUUCCCCCUCAUGCAUGUUGUUAAGUGUCGCAGCGGCGAGGUGUCCCAUUUUCUUAACCGAAACAGAAGAGAAGGAAGGAGAUAUUUAAAGUAUUUAAUGUUAAACAAUUCGUUGCGCGUCUCUCAUGGAAGAAACUUUCCCGUAAGCCCACGAAGCUCGAGGUGACGUGUUCGAUGGAUAAUCUGCAGCGUCUGAUGAGGAACAGCCUCAUGGGUCUUUUUUUAGUUUUAUUUUUUUGGUUUUUGAUUCCAACUGAAGGAGAAGAUUAGGAUUAGUAACCCAACAGUUUUCUCUAUAUUCCAUUUAGUUUUCGGUUAGCUCAUGCAUGUUGGUUUUAUUGGGUCUGAGUUGGUUUACACUUUUCGAUAUUGUAUUUUUACGAGUAAAAGAAA